CAACCAAACGCCGAAAGGGAGGGAAACAAUGUCUCAAAUCAGAGUCUUGUCUUCGAUUCUCAGGAGGACUAAAUCCACCCUAGUAUCUAAUCUCAGAGGAAAUGCAUCGUCCCGGUUUUUCACUUCCUGCUCUUCCUCCUCCUCCUCCGCCUCCUCUUCCUCUUACUUUUCUUCUACAGUUGCUAGAAGCUCCUUCCAUGGCUUUAAAUCACUUCCCAAGGGUCAUCAUGUGCCCUCGUUCCGGAAUAUGUCUACAGUUGCAUCUGUUGCUGCAGAAAAUAAGGAGGGAUUAAAGCUACUAGUAAGUGGAGGUCCUCGUGCUCAGAAAAUGGUGGGCAUUUGGCUUUUUGGAUCCGCCGCAUGGGUUUUCAGUAUGGUGGUGCUUGGUGGUGUCACUCGCCUCACAAGAUCCGGUCUUUCAAUGACUGAUUGGAAAUUUACCGGUGGUCUCCCUCCGAUGGCAGAUGAAGAGUGGUUGCAGGAGUUUGAGAAGUACAAGCAGUCACCAGAAUAUAAACGAGUAAACAAAGGAAUGAGUAUUGAAGAUUUUAAAUUUAUAUACUGGAUGGAAUAUGCACAUCGUAUGUGGGGAAGGGCUCUAGGUGUCAUGUUUGCUUUGCCAUUCUCAUAUUUUCUUCGAAAGGGAUACAUUACUGUACGUCUUGGACUAAGACUCUCUGCCCUUUUUGCUCUUGGGGCUGGUCAGGGUCUAAUUGGUUGGUGGAUGGUCAAAAGUGGUCUAGAGGAGCCAGCAUCUGAAUAUGCUCAACCACGAGUAAGCCCUUAUCGCCUCGCAGCUCAUCUUACUUCAGCAUUUGUAAUUUACAGUGGCCUGUUCUGGACUGCACUUUCUGCUGUUAUGCCUGAACCUCCUGCUGAAUCAUUAGCUUGGGUUCAAGGAGCAUCUAAAGUCAAGAGGCUUGCACUUCCAGUAGGCCUCAUUGUUGGCAUUACUGCUAUUUCAGGAGCAUUUGUUGCAGGAAAUGAUGCUGGUCAUGCAUACAACACUUUUCCAAAGAUGGGAGACACGUGGAUUCCUGAUGAUAUAUUUGAUCUAAAACCACUAAGCCGAAACCUCUUUGAGAAUACAUCAUUGGUGCAGCUCAACCACCGUAUACUUGCAACUGCAACUCUACUUUCAAUUGGUGCAUUGUGGUUGUCAACUAGAAAGCUGGAUAUCCAUCCUGCUAUCAAAUCUUUGAUUGGAAGCACUGCAGGCAUGGCUGCCCUUCAGGUAACUUUAGGUAUAUCAACACUUCUAUCCUAUGUUCCUGUUUCGCUUGGCACAGCCCAUCAAGCAGGGGCUUUGACUCUUUUGACACUCAUGCUUUUGCUAAAUCACACCGUCCGGAAGCCAUCACCGUCGCUUCUUAAAACAUUGCCUCAACUAGCAAAGACAGUUUGAGACUGUUGUCUUGCGAGGAUGAUUAUUCAGAUUGAUUUAAGUACAUCUGAUUGAAUUUUGACUCUCAUGCUUUUAUGAUUAAUUGUGUCUCACGGGACUGGGAGGAGAGAAUAUUUCUUUCCUGCAUUGCUUGUUAUACGAUCAAAAUACUUGUUUCCCAAAUGCUACAUAAUAUCAUAUAUAAUAAUUAAGUUCUAUAAAA